GCACGUGCUAUCAUCGAGCUUAUUAAACCUUCAAAUCCAAAGAUCAUCAGGAUGAGAAUUGAAUGAUCUCUCAAAUGAACAUCUCAGGCACGCUCAACGUCUUUCGUCUUAUUACCCAGCCCUCGCUCUGCCUCCCUCAUGCCACAAUCUCCACCUUUAAUGAGCUCCCGAUCCCCCUAUCAAAAGCAUUUACCAAAGGCAAUGAUGGCAAGGAUGCAGAUAUCAGAGCAGUAGUGCUAGACAAGGACAAUUGUUUCGCGGUCCCGCAUGCGAAUGAAGUGUAUAAGCCAUAUCAUGAUCGCUUUGAAGCACUGAAAGCCGCAUAUCCCUCUUCGAGACUACUUAUAGUGUCUAACACCGCUGGCACAGCAACGGAUCGGGACUUUGAAGAAGCUCGGCUUUUAGAGCGCAACACGGGUGUCAAGGUACUUCGACACAAUACCAAGAAACCAGGAUGCCAUCUCGAAAUUCUGAGUCACUUUCAAGCUGACAAGGAUACGGGCGUUACUUCGCCUAGCCAGAUCGCGGUGGUUGGAGAUCGACUGUUCACUGAUGUUAUGACAGCGAAUAUGAUGGGGGCGCGUGGCAUUUGGAUUAAGGAUGGUAUUGUUGAGGAGAAGAGCAUUUUUGCGAAAGUAGAGCAUUCUCUUGCAGGCUUCUUGCAGCGCCGAGGCUACAGUGCGCCAGAUCCCAAAAGUGACUUUGAAUAGGUUGUAUCAAUAGUAGUAUGAACUCAAUGGUAGAAAUGUAAUUAUUCUAAGCGCGUAGUGGCGCUGUGUGGAUAUAUACAUAAAUAGACGUCAUCCCCAUCCCUUAUACC